CGUAAACGCGUGACGAUGCAAGUGUUGUGCGUAGCGACAAGCUUGGCUCUAUGCGCACUGUCGUCCGCCAACACUCAAUGUAGAUCUGAUGUGUUGGCAUCCAUCUUUGAUUACGAUCCUGACGCUUGGCAGCUGAUCGAUAUGUCUGAGCAGAGCUUUUACCUCAUGUUUACUUCGCGCGAUAAAUUGCAAAAUUUGAAAUACAGGUGCGUCGUCACAUCAAAAACAGAGAGGAUAAAUAACAAGAAAUGGCAACGGAAACUGUUUUACAGCGCUCUUCGAAACGACACAAACGAGACACUGUCAACCACAGUUGGAAUAAAAAAGAGAAACAAGUGCCACGUCUACGAAGAUGCAAUCACGGUUUGGAAUGACAAAGGAGGCAAGGAAAUUCCAUGGACGAGUGAGAUUGUAUACGCUGAUUACAAGAACUGCGUACUAUUGAAGUCGAAAUAUCUAGGAUACCAAGUGUGGGUUGCAAAGGAAUAUCUGGAAGACUAUAACGAAAUUCCGUAUCUGUGCGUGCUGUUGUACGAAAUACACACUGGAAUUGCUAAAUACUGGAUAUACGACUGGGAAACAUGUGCUAAGAAGACUUCAAAUGAAUAAAAUUAUCUGUGGUUAGAAACACAGAU